GAGAGCAUGAAACCAAAUAAAAAACCCAUGGAUGCGUGCAAUUCUCUGAUACCUGGAUACACAGGCUAUGUCCCCCAAAGAUUCUAUAGAAUUGGCACUACUUAUGGAGAUGAUUCAGUGGCAUGUAUGAACUCAUUCCACAAUGCUACUCAAAGAAGCAGAGAUGCACAGAAUGAGCUGAGAUACAUAGCAGCCUCUACACCCAAACUUCCAUCUAUUUGCUCUAAUGAAGAUGUUUUACAAGCACUUUAUGACUAUAAUUAUAAACACCAUCCUUAUGUGCUAGGUACUGUAAUAACUAAGAGAAGUUUGCUAGAGCCACCUAUUCCUGGUUGGACUGGGUUUGUGCCUAGAGCAAGGGUCACUGAACUGGGAUACGGUGUUCGUUACCAUGAAAUGACAAAAAAUUGCUAUCAGGAUUUUAAGACCUUAAGAGAUUGGGUCUGUGAUGAUCCCACCAGUAAUUUCCAGAGAGGCAAAAUGCAUGAAGUUAAACUUAGCAAAGUUCCCAACACAUACCAAAGAUUCUACAGGCCUGAAGGGAUGCUGCCAAAGUACAGUGGUCAUAUUCCACAUGAACAUCUUGUCAUUGGGAAAACCUUUGGAAACCUGUGCAGAAGCUGCUCGGUAUGCACACACACGGAGGAGUCCUAUGGUGCACAUCUCACUAAGAAACGUAAUGCCACGUUGAAGCUCAUGAAGAACUUGAAAUGUAACAUAAAAAGUUGA